AUGAGACAGAAGAACGAGCGUCACCGGGAUGCAGCAGAUCGCACGGUGAAGGACAUUCGCUGCAAGACGCGGAAGAGGUACUCCUCAGAAGACAAGAUCCGGAUUGUGCUGGCAGGCCUUCGGGGUGAAGACAGCAUAGCGGAGCUGUGCCGCCAGGAAGGCAUUGCCCAGAGCCAAUACUACAGUUGGUCUAAGGAGUUCAUGGAAGCGGGCCGCAAGCGUUUGGCUGGUGACACCGCCCGGGAGGCCAACACAGGUGAAGUGCAGGAUCUGCGUCGUGAAGCGCGAGACCUCAAGGAAGUGGUUGCCGAACAGACUCUCGAACUUCAGAAGCUUGAGAUCAUACGGUUGGUGGAACAAUCCCACCUCCCGGCCAAACAGACACUGGACACGCUCGGCAUUCCCCGUACCACGUUCUACCGCUGGUAUGAUCGUUAUCAGACAGAUGGCCCCGAAGCGCUGGAGGAUCGUACGCCAAAGCCGUCACGGGUGUGGAACCGCAUACCGGAUGAUACUCGCGGGCGUAUUGUCGAGAUGGCAUUGGCAGAACCCGAGCUGUCACCACGAGAACUGGCGGUGCGGUUCACCGACACGCAGAAAUACUUUGUGUCAGAGGCCUCAGUGUAUCGCCUGCUCAAGGCUCAUGAUCUGAUCACCAGUCCGGCCUUCGUUGUCCUCAAGGCUGCCCAUGAGUUCCGCGACAAGACCACCACCAUCAACCAGAUGUGGCAGACAGACUUUACCUACAUCAAGAUCAUUGGCUGGGGCUGGUAUUACCUCUCCACCAUUCUGGACGACUUCUCGCGAUAUGUUGUCGCCUGGAAGCUGUGUACGACGAUGACUGCUGGUGAUGUCACCGACACGCUGGAACUGGCCCUUGAGGCUUCUGGCUGUGAUCAGGUUGCCGUUCGCCACAAACCCCGCCUGCUGUCGGACAACGGAGCCAGCUACAUCUAUGGCGAACUGGCUGAUUGGCUCAACGAGCAGGGCAUGGAUCAUGUUCGUGGAGCACCUUACCAUCCUCAGACCCAAGGCAAGAUAGAACGCUGGCACCAAACCCUGAAGAACCGGAUCCUCUUGGAAAACUACUUCCUGCCGGGGGACCUCAACGUCAGCAUCGAACGCUUCGUCACCCACUACAAUCAUCAGCGCUAUCAUGAAAGCCUCGGCAAUCUUACGCCUGCCGAUGUUUACUUCGGUCGUGGCGAAAGCAUCUUACUCGAACGAGAAAGGAUCAAACGAAACACACUCAAUCAGCGGCGAUUGCAAUACCGCAAUCAAGCAGCUUAA